AUGAGUACAGACAACUCACAGAAAGAUGAAGGUGUUCCUCUACUUUCCCCUUACCCUAGUAGUUCUCAACUAAGGAAAAAGAAGCAUAAUCAAAAAAGAAGAAAGGACAAGUUUGUUGGUCACUUGAAAUCAGACUCACGUAGGCCUACACAGCUGCUCCACGAUAAUGUGCAGCAAAAUCAUGGGCAAGUUACUGACUUUGACCAGAUCGACUCUUGGGGCAUGUUGCAUGAAUCUGAUUCCACAAGUAAUGACAUAACAAAAAGUGAGGAUCCUUCGCUCAAGGGCGCGUUCAUUGAUCACAGACCCUCAAUGAGCCAACCCAGGGAUGGACCUCAAAGUUCUUCAAAUGCUACCCAGCCACGACCAAUAAUGAAGUUUUCAACGCCCAGUUACAAGAAAUCCGUAGGAUUGAGACCCACCGAUCCUAAUAGGUCGUUGGUAUCUGACUUAUCUCCCUCCGAAUUGGAGUCAUGGUUGAAAAGAAGAAAAUCUGUUUAUAAAAGUUUUGUUGAUGAAAACUCAGCCAAUGACGGAAGAAAGUCAAAUGCAAAUAAUGACGUUGUAAUCGAUGUAGAUGCGUUAAUGAACCACGUCAACAACAAUACAAGCAAUGGGGCUAACGAUAACAAUAAGAAGAAAAAGAAGAAGAGAGGUUCUGAUGACAGCAGCAACAAAAAUUCCAAGUCCACUUCCAGUGACUCAAACGAUGAGGAAGACGAGUAUAAUUCGAGACCGUCCUCCAGUCUUUCGUCAAAUAAUUCUUCUUUGGAUGAUGUUUGUUUAGUGCUUGACGAUGAAAGUAGCGAAAUGUCGAAGGCUUGGCCAGAUUGUACUGUUUUAGAAGAAUUCUCUAAGGAAGAAACAGAGAGACUCAGAAGCCAGGCCAUCCAAGAUGCUGAGGCGUUUCACUUCCAAUAUGAUGAGGAUGAAGAAGAUGGUACGUCGAAUGAAGAUGGAAUUCUUUUCUCUAAGCCGAUCGUGACUAAUAUCGAUGUCCCUGAAUUGGGCAACAGGAGAGUUAAUGAAACAGAAAAUUUGAAAAACGGCCGUUUAAGACCGAAAAGAAUUGCACCAUGGCAUUUGAUUCAACGUCCAAUGGUCCUAGGAUCCAACUCAAAUAAGGAUUCAAAAUCACGGAUUCAAAACGGAUUGCAAGACAAUUUGCUAGUCGGAAGGAAUAUUCAAUACCCUCCGCAUAUUAUCUCCAAUAACCCAGAACACUUUAGAUUUACUUAUUUUAGAGUAGAUUUGGACUCUACCGUUCAUUCUCCCACCAUAUCCGGUCUAUUGCAACCGGGUCAAAAAUUUCAAGAUUUAUUUGUCGCUUCUAUAUACUCCCAGGAUAACAGCGCUGGUCAUGUAAAGACUCACCCGAACUCCCCAACACCUGGUACUAAAGGAGAGACCGUAUCCCAACUUCAAGGAAUGACCGCUAAAAACCCUUCCACAUUAUCGUCUAUGUCCGUAGCCAAUAUAGAAGAUAUAGCCCCAUUUUGGCUGGAUGUAAGUAACCCUACUGAAGAGGAGAUGAAGAUAUUAAGUAAGGCUUUUGGAAUUCACCCUUUAACCACGGAAGAUAUCUUCCUGGGAGAAGUCCGUGAGAAGGUGGAAUUGUUUAGAGAUUAUUAUUUGAUUUGUUUCAGAAGUUUUGAUAUUGUGGCAGAAAAACAUGUUCGUCGUAGAAAAAAGGAAAAGCAAGAAUCUGCUACGUUGGAUCAUGAAAGUAUCUCACGCCGUAAGUCGCAAGCUUAUGGCGCCACAAUGUCUAAUGAUUCAAACGCCAACACCAAUAGUAAUAGUGCUACCAAUGCCAAUAAAAAUAAAUGGCUUCCAUCAAUUUUGCGUUCACGCCGUCGGUCAUCAGCAAACAGAACAACUAACACAUCCUCAUCGAGCUACAAGCGUCGUGUCAAGAGUGAAAAGAAGAAGAUGGAAGAAAACGAAAAGUUCAAAAGAAAAUCAGGGGAUAGGCAUAAACCACGUGAGGGUGAAUUAGAACCACUGAAUGUCUAUAUCAUUGUCUUUAGAACAGGUGUAUUGACAUUUCACUUUGCCCCCACGCCACACCCUAUUAAUGUUCGUAGAAGAGCAAGAUUGUUAAAAGAUUACCUCAAUGUUACCUCCGAUUGGAUCGCAUAUGCUUUGAUUGAUGACAUCACAGAUGCAUUUGCGCCUAUGAUAGAACUAAUCGAAGAUGAAGUUUAUGAGAUUGAAGACGCUAUAUUGAAGAUGCACCAAUCAGAUGAUUCCAGUGACAGUGACUCUAGCGACAGCGGCUCUGAUUCUGGCGGCAGUGAAGAGGAUGCAUUUCCAUUUGACGUUUAUUCUAAGAAGACAUCGUUUUCCAGUGCGAAAUCCAGCGUGAGUUCAAGAAGCAUGAGCACUUCUGAAACGUCCUUUAAUGCAAAUUUAAUAGGUUGGAAAAGAAAAGGUGAUAUGUUGAGGCGGAUUGGUGAAUGUCGUAAAAGAGUGAUGAGUAUACUAAGAUUAUUGGGUUCCAAAGCCGAUGUGAUCAAGGGGUUCGCCAAGAGAUAUAAUGAGCAAUGGGAAGCUUCACCACAGUCCGAGAUUGCGAUGUAUUUGGGCGAUAUUCAAGAUCAUAUUGUUACCAUGGUAUCAUCGUUAAAUCACUAUGAGAAACUUUUGAGCAGAUCACAUUCCAAUUAUUUGGCACAAAUUAACAUUGAUAUGACAAAGGUUAAUAAUGAUAUGAACGAUGUGUUGGGGAAGAUUACUAUAUUGGGUACCAUUGUUUUGCCAAUGAAUGUGAUAACAGGUUUGUGGGGUAUGAAUGUUAUCGUGCCCGGACAAUAUAGGGAUUCAUUGACAUGGUUCAUAGGUAUAGUGCUUUUCAUGUGUAUGCUAGCAUGUUCUGCAUAUAUGUAUACCAAAAGAAGAUUCGGGUUUUAA